CCACUGCCCGCAGGUGACUGCCAGCAGCCGGAGAGGUUUGUCUUCGCGGAGCUCAUCACGCCCCUGCAGCAGUCCUACACCGUGGGAACCCAGCUGAGAUACAGGUGCCGCCCGGGGUACACCAUGGCCGGGGGCAAGAUGCCCGUCAUCACCUGCCUCUCCAACUCCACCUGGUCGGAGAACCCCGACUUCUGCAUUGGGAAGUCGUGCAGUCCACCGGACAUCCCGAACGGCCGCUUCGACAGCGAGACCGACCUCCGGUUCGGGGCGACAAUAACCUACAGCUGUAACGUGGGGUACCGAUUAGUUGGGAAGUCGACUGCACAAUGUGUGCUUACAAACAAUGAAGUUUCUUGGAGUAGGAUUCCAGACUGUACCAUUAUUCCCUGUUUACCACCUCCUGUGAUUGAGAAUGGGCAGAUCAUGAACGGGGACGGAGACUUCACCGUUGGCAUGGCUGUGACCUACAAGUGUAACGAAGGUUUGAAUCUUAUUGGAAAUGCCACGAUUGACUGUACAGUGGAUGAUAACCUCGAGGGAACAUGGAGCAGUCCAGCCCCUGAAUGCAAAGAGGUCAGAUGUAAAAAUCCAGAAGUGAAAAACGCGAGAAGAUUAUCUGGCUUUGGCACUGGGCACACAUAUAAAAGUACAGUGGCCUUUGAGUGUGAUCCCGGUCACUUACUGAACGGUAGCAGUGUAGUUACUUGUGAAGCAGACAAUACCUGGAAGCCACCUCUGCCAACAUGUGACCCAAGCUUCCCUUUUGCUGAGGGUGUAACGGCUGCAGGUGACAGCUCUCCUGCCGGAACUAAGCUGAGGUAUCAGUGUAAACCAGGUUAUACUGCAGCAAGUGGGAAGUCCUCUGUUGUCACCUGUCUGAAUGAUGCCACAUGGUCUGCAGACCCAGACUUCUGUAUCCGACAGCGGUGUACUCGUCCCACGAUAGAGAACGGGGAUGUGGUUGCAGACAAUUUCCUGUUUGAGACAGUUGUGACAUUCACUUGUCAUCCUGGAUGCCCGUGGGCCAUGCAGUGGGUCCCAGGGGGCCCAUCCUCCUCUGCACCGGGAGCCAAAAUUAGCAGCAGAAGCAGCGUGUGGGACCUUCAUCCCCUGGGGUGGUGGCUGCGCCUGCCCCGUGCCCACGGGUUCCUGUCCCGCGGCCCUGGGAAGCCCCGCAGCUGCGGCUCCUUCCGCAGGUGGGGGGUGGCAGGGGGAACUGGAGUGCCCAUAUCUUCCCACGGCCCCCCAGCAGCCGCAGUCUGCGCCAGGGACCGGAGCAUGGUGCUCGCCUUCGCCCUCCGCCUCCUGGGCAGCUCUGCUUUGCUCCUGGCCACCACAGCUGAGGCUCAAGUUACCCGAUGCCUGGCGCCACGCAUCCGGUAUGGGAAGACAAUACCCACGGGUCACUAUUUCUACAGGAUCGGGGACACCGUGAGCUUCGUGUGCAACACAGGGUACACCUUGCAGGGCUCCCGCACGAGCACCUGCCAAGCUGGCUUCAGAUGGAGCCCACCUCUGCCAGCGUGCAAAAAGGAGGUGACAUGUUCUCGGCCACCAAACAUCGCCAACGGGCUGCACAGCGGGCAGUCCUUGGACAAAUUUUCCCAGGGGGUGACCGUGUACUACGGCUGCAAGGAUGGCUACCAGCUGGUGGGGAACGUGUCCAUCAACUGCACGGAGAAGGGGCUGUGGAGCAGACCCCUGCCCCGCUGUGAAGCAAUCGGAUGUGAGACACCCGAGGUGCAGAACGGGAGGGUCCACGGGCUGCAGAGCACCUACAAAGCUGGAGAGACUCUUCGCUUUGCCUGUGACGCCGGUUACGCCGCAGAUGAGAGCUACGAGGCUCAGUGCCAGCCGGGGGGGAUCUGGAACCCGCCGGCGCUCCUCUGCGAGAGGGUCCGCCCGUGCCCCAUGCCUCCAGGGGUCCGCAAUGGACAUCACAACGGCCAGGGCAAAGCCUUUUUCACCAUGGGAAUGUCUGUAACGUACACCUGCCAUCCCGGCUACUACCUGGUUGGAAACGCCGCUGUGUUUUGCAGAGUGUCGGGGAACUGGAGCCAGCCCGGCCCUCGCUGUGAAGAAACUGUCUGCAUAAAUCCAGACAUAGAGAAUGGAAGGCGAGUGGAUGGUGAAGGGCUGAUCUCUGCACCUGGGCAAACGGUGACAUUUCAGUGCCACGACGGUCACCGCCUGCAAGGCAGUGCUGAAGUCUUCUGCCAGGAGGAUGGCAGCUGGGACCCUCCUGUGCCCACCUGCGACAGACAGUACCACUACCAGGAGCUCUCAAACAGGCCUGAAUUUCCAGGUAUCCCCUGUGAGCCACCCCCAGACAUUCCCAAUGGGAAGCACACGGGCAGGCUGCUGGAUGAAUUCCACUUUGGCACAUCUGUAACAUACACCUGCAACCCCGGGCACCCGCUCCACGGAGAGCCCUCCAUCUACUGCACCACCCACGAUGGGAAAAACGGCGUGUGGAGCGGCCCCCCGCCCCAGUGUGGAGGUAGGGCUGCGUGUGCACAGGCGAGAUGUCCUGUCCCACAGAUCCAGAACGGGAGAAUAGUGUCUCCUCCUCGGAAUGCCUACACACACAAGGACACUGUCGCUUUUGAGUGCGAGCCAGGCUACGUUAUCCGUGGCCACGGAGUGGUACAGUGCCAACUAAAUAACACCUGGGAGCCACCCCUGCCAGUCUGCGAGCAGGCCGGCUGCAAUUCACCUGCCAGACUGGCGUUUGCUGAGCCGAAGGAGCCGUACGGCAACCAGAGCAUCUUUCCCGUGGGGAGGACGGUGGAAUACGUGUGUCGCCCUGGGUACGCCCAGCACCUGGGCAUGUCCCGGACCAUCACAUGCCUCGGGAAUCGGACGUGGUCUGUGGCGCUGGAGUUCUGUAAAAGGAAACAAUGUGCGAAUCCAGAGGAUCCGGAGAACGGCAGAGCUGUUGUCCUGACGGACCUCCUCUUCGGGUCCAAAGUGAAUUACACGUGUGACGAAGGGUACAAGUUGGUUGGAGGAUCUCAGAGGACAUGCGAGCUCUCUGGCACACGUGUCUCAUGGAGUGGAGAUGCCCCUGUCUGCCAGCGUAAGUAG